AUGCGUCUUUCCAAAAUCCAGCCAUGGCGCCAUUGGCCCAACCCUGAAGCUCUACUUUCAUUCUCACCUAAAUUCACCACAUUCGCUCCUCAACCGCUGCAAAUACAGCACCCCGAGCAACCGCCGGAAGACGCCGACAUCGACUUCAUCGGCGUCGCCAAUUCAACCCACUGGACCAGACGCAUCCACGCGCUCUGCGCCGAGCGCCGCGACCCCGACGCCGCCUUCCGUCUCCUCCACCGCCUCGCCAUCCGCGGCUACCGGCCGGAACCCCUCAACAUUAGCAGUGUCGUCCACGCCCUCUGCGGCGCCGGCCGCUUUCCGGAGGCCCACGGCCGCCUGAUCUCCUACGUCACCUCAGGCUGCGCCCCCGACGAGCGCACCUGCAACGUCCUCAUCGCCCGGCUGCUCGACGGGAGGGACGCUUUCGCCACGUGGCGGGUGGUGAACGCGCUGAUCGGCGAGAGGCCCGAGUUCGUGCCCUCACUGGUGAACUACAAUCGCCUGAUCGAUGGCUUUUGUGAAUGGGGGAAAGUUGAAACGGCUCAUCUGAUGGUGUAUCACAUGAUAAGAAAAGGGCACUGCCCUAAUGUUGUGACGUAUACAACUUUGAUUGACGGGUACUGUGGUAUAGGCCAGGUUUAUGCUGCCCAGAAGGUGUUUGAUGAAAUGUCUGAUUUCGGAGUGCGAUGUAAUGCUCUCACUUACAGUGCUCUGAUUCGUGGGGUUCUGAGGGAAAGGGAUCUCGAUAAGGCAAAUAAAUUGAUGGCUGAAUUCUGGGAGGUUAUUGGAAAUGACAAGGAUUUGCAGGUUAACAACGCGGGUUUUGGCAGCGUGAUUGAUAGCUUGUGCAGAGAGGGCCUGUUCCACUUGGUGUUCAAGAUUGCAGAAAAUGUGUCGGAAUGGAAAAAUGUAGUCAAUGAAUUUGCUUAUGGGCAGAUGAUUGAUUCUCUGUGCAGGUUCGAGAGGUAUAAUGGCGCCGCAAGAAUUGUGUAUAUUAUGAGGAAGAGGGGUGUUAACCCGAGCACAAUUUUGUAUAACUCGAUCGUGCACGGUUUGUGUACAGAUGGCGAUUUCUUGAGGGCAUACCAAGUGUUGGAAGAAGGUUUGCAGAUUGGGUACUCACCAUCUGAGUUUACUUACAAAGUCAUGGUCGGGGGUCUUUGCCGUGAAAAUGAGCUAGCCAAAGCAAAGGAGGUUUUAAACAUCAUGUUGUGUAAGGAAGGUGUUGACGAGACUAGGAUAUACAAUAUCUAUUUGGGGGCUCUUUGUUGUAUGAAUAAUCCUACCGAGCUUCUGAACGUGUUCGUAUUGAUGUUUGAGUCCCAAUGCCAGCCGGAUAUCAUUAGCCUCAACACCGUAAUAAAAGGAUUUUGCAUGACGGGAAUGGUCGAAAAGGCUCUGCAGGUGUUUAAUGACAUGCUCGUGGGGAAAUUUUGCAGACCAGAUGAGGUCACCUUCACGACCAUCAUUUCCGGUCUUUUAAAUGCAGGCAAAUCUGAAAAGGCUUUGGACUUCAUGACCAAAGUGAUGCCCAAAAAGGGUUUUCCGCCAGGUGUCGUGACAUAUAAUGCGUCUAUCCGCGGGCUGUUUAAGCUCAACCUACUGAAUGAAGCUAUGCAAGUUUUUAACAGUAUGACCUUGAAUGGGGUGGCUCCUGAUUGCAUAACUUACACUGCUGUAAUCGAGGGGCUUUGUGAAUCCUUUAGAAUAGAUGAAGCUAAGGAUUUAUGGGGCCGUGUAGUUUGGCCGUCGGGAGUUCACGAUCAUUUUGUUUAUGCCGCCUUGCUGAAGGGGCUAUGCCGCGCUGGACGGUUUGAUGAGGCAUGUUGUCUGCUAUACGAAUUGACAGACUGUGGUGUGGUCCCAAAUAAUGUGAAUUACAAUAUCGUCCUUGACCAGGCGUGCAAAACGGGUCUGAAGAGAGAGGCUUAUCAGAUUAUUGGUGAGAUGAAGAAGAAUGGGGUAGCUCCAGAUGCUGUGACGUGGAGAAUAUUGGAUAGGUUGCAUGACACUGGGUAA